GAGUGAUGGUGACCGCCCCCUCCGCCGGACUCCUGCUCUUUAUCUGCAUUCAUACUGAGAGCGUCCAGCACAGGGCACAGGAGCCAUGGCCGUGUUCUCUGCGUUUCAUUUACUCUUCCUCUUCCAGCUGCUAAGCUCGGCUCUUGCUCAGCAAAGGCCGGGUCCUCAGGGUGCACCUGGAGUGCCAGGGCCGCCGGGACCCCCAGGGAAAGACGGCAUCGACGGUAAACCUGGCCCUGCUGGACUUCCUGGAAAGCCCGGGCCGAGAGCUAAAGCAGGUAAACCUGGGGCCGCAGGGAGCCUGGGACUGCCUGGCCUCCCCGGUGUGGAUGGUUUGACCGGUCCGGACGGUCCAGCUGGCAAGGACGGGCCGCCAGGAGCAGCAGGUGACCCAGGACCUCCCGGCCCGGACGGACCCCCUGGCAGAGGCAGACCAGGAGCGCUGGGUCUUGCUGGAGCUAAUGGACUUCCAGGUGGAGCAGGACCUAAGGGUCCGCCGGGGCCCGAGGGUCUUCCAGGACUCCCUGGUACUUCAGGCCCAGACGGACCUCCUGGACUCCCAGGAACUCUUCCUGAAGGCGGUGGAGAUCUGCUGUGUCCGGCCAUCUGUCCUCCAGGUCCUCCUGGACCGCCGGGAAUGCCAGGAUUCAAGGGUCACACGGGUCAUAAAGGGAGUAAGGGAGAGCUGGGGAAAGACGGAGAGAAUGGGGAUCAGGGGCCGCCGGGGCCGCCGGGAACCCCGGGGACAGUGGGCUUACAGGGCUCUCGAGGGCUGAGAGGACUGCAGGGGCCGGUGGGAGCAGUAGGAGACAGAGGAUUGCCGGGCUUCAGAGGAAAACCUGGCAUUGCUGGCAUCAUUGGAAAAACUGGUGAUGCUGGUGAGAAAGGACCGCAAGGUUUCAAAGGGCCAAAAGGAGAGAUAGGGAAAAUAGGCCCCAAGGGAGUCCCUGGAGGUGCAGGACCUAAAGGAGAGCCAGGCAUCCCGGGCAGGGACGGGAAGGAUGGCACUCAAGGGCUGGACGGUGAAAAGGGAGAUGCUGGCAGACCUGGAGUACCUGGUGAGAAAGGACCUAACGGCCUGCCUGGUUUGCCGGGAAAAGCUGGUGCAAAAGGUGCCAAAGGAGGAGUUGGUGGUCCAGGAGAGAUGGGAGAAGCAGGGCCGUCUGGAGAGCCAGGUAUACCUGGGGAGAUCGGCGUCCCGGGAGAGAGAGGAGAGGCUGGACCCAGAGGUGUGGCUGGCGGCGUUGGACUACCUGGAAACCCUGGACCACAAGGUGUUAAAGGAUUCCAGGGUGUUAAAGGGGCUUUAGGAGACCCAGGUCUGCCUGGUCCGACUGGAAUCAGAGGCGGCUUCGGUGAGCGGGGUCCAGUUGGAGCUGGAGGGCCUAAAGGAGACAUGGGAGUUGCUGGAAGUGAUGGUUUACCAGGGGAGAACGGGGAGCCGGGUCCUUAUGGUCCCGUCGGACAGAAAGGAGAGUCCGGUAAGCGUGGCGAGCUGGGAGCCAAAGGAGUUGUAGGACCACAGGGAGAGACCGGAGCCAGAGGCGCACCUGGAAAACCAGGACCGAUGGGAUUCCAAGGAGAGCAAGGUUUUCCAGGGGUCUCUGGAAAGACUGGUGUUCCUGGCAAACUGGCUAGUGAGCAGCACAUCAGAGAACUGUGUAGCUCGAUGAUCGAUGAUCAGAUGGCUCAGCUCGCUGCUAACCUGAGAAGGCCUCUGGCUCCUGGUGCCGUGGGACGGCCUGGACCAGCCGGGCCUCCAGGGAAGCAAGGAGAGGUUGGAUCCAUCGGUCACCCUGGAGCCCUUGGCCCGCCGGGUUACAGAGGACUGCCGGGAGAUCUGGGUGAUCCUGGUCCUCGAGGGGACAUGGGUGAGCCAGGUGACAAGGGGCCUGUAGGUAAAGCCAUCGAAGGGCCCGCUGGAGACCAGGGGGACCCGGGUCUGCCCGGCGUGCAUGGCAUCGUCAAAGACGGCCGUGACGGAGCGCCUGGAGAUCCAGGAGAGCCAGGAGAAGCAGGCAGAGCCGGCAGACCGGGUCACCAGGGAUCACCCGGCAUCUGUGACACUUCAGCGUGCCAAGGAGCCGCGGUUCACGGGAAGUCCUCCAACCCCAAGAACCAUUAACAGUAGAACCAGCAGGAAACGCAACUGAAGAGGUGUCAGAGCCCAACAAACACUGAGCAUCAGAGCGGAGCAGCUGUGAACCCCAACAUGUGUACAUACAGCAAAAGACUAAUGCAUCGCGCCGUGAAACUAGCUGAUGUGAACGCAAUAAUUCAGUCCUUGUAUUAGAAGUCUUCUUGUACAGCACCCUUUAAAAGUGUAAUGGAGUACACCUUUGAGCCUCAAAACCUGACCUCGACAACAGCAAAGACAAACAACACUGGAGGCUUGUUUGAGGCAUCAAGAAAUGAAACCAAAUAUUGGAUGUAUUGCUGCAAAUUGAUUUUCUUUGCCAUUUUAUUCUUACGUUUACAUUUAGUUUCUAAAUGUUUAACAUUGAAAGUCACUGUUUGAGGAACAAACUUCAAGCAUCAAUGCUUCAGACACACUUACUGUAAAAUAUGUCGUUGGCCAUCUGUGGGCUUUAUCAACUUUUAUCCACUAGAUAAUGGUGCUGUAAAACUAUUAAAUAUGACUUUAAAUACUAUUUAUUAUUUCUGAGUUACUGUUGUGUGUACAGUGAGUUUCUACAGCAUGGUAUUGUAAGAAAAACUGAAUAAAGCCACUUUUCAGUAAAGUAUUUCUCUGAACGUUCAUUAGUACACUAAUAAUAAAUACAUUAAAUGUAAAAUAACAUAUAUUGAGACAACAAACGGUCAUGCCUUUCAAACCAACAAGGCAUAAAAACACAAACAAAAAUACACAGCACAACUUCUCUAAAUGUGUGAACUAUAUUACAGUAGGGUUUGCUCUGCAGACGUGACGGUGUGAAAUAAAAUGAACAGUGGGUUGAGCCUCGGUCUACACUCGAGCUGGUCUAAGACAACAAACGCUCAGGGUCUUCUGGGCACGGGCUAGUGGAAGAGAG